UUAUCUAGCUAUUUUUAACCGUUAUUGUGGGAGCAUCGUACGGUCGCACUGAGUCACAUAGUCCUCAAGCGAGCACGGUCACACCUAAACGACGUAGCUGGAGAAGAUCAUCAAUUGCAGCACAGGAGAGGAGUGGCAGUUGGUGACGAAGAGAUCGAUCUCAUCCAAUUCUGAGCAGGAGCGGUCGGAACCAUGACGAUUGACUCCACCGCCCUGCCGUCGGAGCUGCUCGUGACCCCGCAGCCGCUGGUUGGCUUCUGUGGGCUGGACACCGCCCGGGUGUCGGUGCACAAGGCCGUUUGGGAGGCGUUCAGCGGGAGCUUGCAGCGCAAGGCCGCCGACCGGGCCGCCGUGCAGUAUAAGCUGCUGCCCCCAAACUAUGAGUUCCCGGUGGCCAAGCCCAAGCGAGCAUCCUACGAGUGGUACCACCCGAAGGGCAUACUCAAGCGGAACUGGAUGCUGAAGCACCUGCACGUCCUGCCGUCGGUGGUGGUGCUGUUCCAAGAUAUGGAGUGGAAUGACCUUCAGUGGACGGAGAAGCAGGUGCAGUGUGCGGCAAUCGUGCAGGCCCUCAAGAACGCCCUGCAAGAAAGAAAUACCCGGCUGUGUCUAGUGCUGCUGCAAAGGGCAGCGCCGCUCCCACCUGGCGAAGAUCUUCUGGCCGCAGAGCGAGCGGCCAGUCUGACAAACGCUUGUGGGAUAACCAGCAAGAUGCUGUUCAUUCUCCCGCAUACAGAGCAUCUCACAGGCUACGCCCUGCGAUUGGAGUCGGCCUUCCUCGAUAUGGCACAGUCCUAUUACGCCCUCAUGUCCAAGCGGAUUCGGAACCAUCGAGAUCAGCUGACGGCGGCUCACACAUCGUUGAAGAUCCGACACCAGUUCAAAUUGGGGUUCGUGGCGGAGAUGCGGCAGGACUUCAGCACUGGACAAAAGUAUGUCCUUUACGCAUUUUCUUGUCUAUUUAACUAUUUUGCAUUUGUUCGCAGGCACUAUUUCCAAGCCUAUGCAAAUCUGGACGAGAUACGCAUCAAUGACGGUAAUUGCCUGGAGAUUAAGACUCUGGCAGGAUUUUUGAACUAUAAGAUCUGUCGGCUUAUGUUUAAGCUAAAGACUCCCAGGGAUGCCAUUAACCAGUUCAUCAUCCAUGUGGAUAAAUACAAGUCUCGAGUGGGUUUCAAAGAUCUGGCUUUUGAGCAUCAUGCCUGGUUAAGCACGCAACAUUCCGUAUUCGCUGAGCUCUUUUGCGAGGCCAUCAAGAACGGACUGCCCGCCCUACAGACUCAACAUCCUGGAAUCUAUUACCAUAAAGCAGCUGAAUUCGUGAUGAAGCGACGGGAUGCAGCUCUGGAGGCGUAUGCUGCGAUGCAAGCCUCUUCAGAAGCUACACCUACACCGAUUCAGAAUCCGUUGUCCCUGUACACAGAGUUUUUCGGAAUCCGUGCGGUAAAGACGGGCGAUCUGGUGGCCGAGCAACAAGCCAAUAUGCAGUUAUGUGAUCAGGAGCGCAGCUAUAACCAUUCAGCGGGAAUCAUAGCCCUGCUCAGCCAGGCCAUGGCCCAGUUCAAAAUUUACAAGUGCCUCAGGUUUCGAAAGAAACUAGCUAUCGAUAUGGCAGAGGAGUACCUCAAGAGCGGGGAUCAUGCCAAGGCUUUGACUUUGUAUUCCCUAAUGCUGCCCGAUUAUCGUCAAGAGAAAUGGGCUACGAUAUUCACUGAUGUUUUGCUUAAAACACUCCGUUGUGCGCUGCUUUCGGGAUCUGUAGCCGACUACAUUGCCUGCAGCGUUGAAGCAUUGUCUCUGCGCCAUCAAUCCGAGCAGUCGGAGCGAAUUCUGAUACUGGAGAACCUUUGGCAGGUGUUUCAAGGCGUGCCACCCAUGCCGAAAACUCAGUUGACACCCGAGGCGCAGACGAUGUGGACUAGUGCGCUGUCCAACGUGAAAUCGCCCAUACAAAUUGAUUUAGAUAAGGUCAACGAUGUGGUGGAAAUGUGUGCCACAUUCGAGCGGGUUCAGUUGAACAACGACGAUUUGCUGCAGUUGCAACUGAUAGUGCGUGUGCUCACGGAUGUUCCUUUGAGGAUACGCAGCUUCCAUGUCAUUCUGGCCGAUGCGGGAAAUCCCCAGAACAGCUACAAACUGGAGGCACUCAAGUAUUUCUGCUUUCCCACCCUCACACAGCUACGUGGCCAAAAGCAGCCGGAUGAUGAGCAACUGGAGAAUCAGCCACAAGAGCCCAAAAACUUUGAAAAGAAUAUGAGAUUGGAGCCCGGCUCCUACUACCAGCUUUUCUGCAGCACCGAAGCGCAGCAGUUCCACGAGAACACUCAACUGCGCAUUGUCCGACUGGAGGCCCACAUGGGCACUGACCAGGUAGCCGCCCUACUCACGUGCAGCUCCAACUACUCACGGCAUCUGUUCCGACAUCACACGCGCAGCCGCGAUCUCGAUGACAACGUGACGAUCAAUCCCAUUUGCUACAUUGCGCCCACCUUUCAUCUGGACACGCAAACGAACCUUGGCCAUGGACAUGAUAACGGCUUGACUGAUGGCAAGGAAGUGGUGGCUACAAAAAUGCUGGUCAACGAAUACUUUCCUGUUGUGACCACUGUCAGCAAUCCAUACAAUGUCUAUCUGCAGAAUGUGGGCGUGCACAUUAGUAUUCCCGUGGGUCUGCGAAAUAGUGAUAUCUAUGCCUAAUUAAGCAUCUAAAAAUUGUACUAUUGGGGUCUACAUGCCCAAAGCCUUGUCGAUAAAGCUCCUAACAGUCUUGACAUUGGUAUAGACUCCCGGCGAACUCUUUCGUGCGCAUCCAACACCCCACGACACAAUUCCGCAUAGUUGACCCUGAUAUACGGCAGGUCCUCCGGAGUCGCCUUCGCAGGAAUCCUUGACGCCCGGCACUGAGGCGCAAAACAUGGUGCUGGUGAUGGUUCCGCGCAGCUUAUACUGACUCAUGCAGGUCUUUCGGGGAAUGAGCGCCACAUCUACGCUGCGCACCUGCAUUGAAACCGCCUUGUUGCGCUCCGUGAUUUGUCCCCAGCCAGAGACCUUGAUCAGAUCGCCUGCCUUGAAGCUGGCAUUGCACAGCUCAAUGGUGGACACCUUGGGACCGCUGAUGGGAGCUUUUAGUUUCAAAACAGCAACGUCUGAGGUGAGGGUGCGGGUGUUGUAAGCCUUUGGGGUAUAAACCUUGUCCACACCACUUCUGACACCCGUCUCCGUAAGUUUCGUUACCCCGGCAACGACUAGGAUACGAGAAGCGCCAAUUCCCUUGACGCAGUGGGCAGCGGUGACAACAUGCUGGGGUGUAACCAAUGAACCGCCGCACAUAAAGUUGCCACCGAUGCGUAGGUUCACUAAGUAGGGCACACUAGCGAUGUCCACCGGUACACCGCCCACAAUCCGACUGUUGGCCUCGUUGCUGGCCGCCCAGCAAAGUGGGAUCAGGUGGAGCACGAGCCAUAGCGUCGCCAUCGGCUUACUCCAUCCCUCGAUAUUUGCCGUAUCCGGUAGCUGUAACUACCAACCGAGUUUCCGAGUCACUGGCCAGCUGGGUAAACACCUUUUCGAUCGCUGUUCCGACUCGAAUCGCGCGGCUCUGUGCUCCGAUUUAUAUGCCUCUUAGGAAACAAUCAUUACACAGCACACAUAUUAUUUUAUUGCGCAAAUAAUAAUUAUUUUAAUAAACCAUUUUGUGUGGCUUAUCGGCGGAUUCCAUCAGCGUAUUUGGUAUGAGAAACUGAGACCCAACAAAAAGUGCUGUGCAAUGGGGCUUUAUGUGUGGGUGUUCUAAGCGCUUUUACCGACCUUCUGCCGUUGAUUCAAUUUCACAAAUUGGUUGAUUGAAUAAUUGUCGAUUAAUCUCUUCUUUUAAAAGAUCCGCAUGCCAUUCUAAUGUUUUUUAUUAGUGCUCCUUUUAGCCGGUUUACCGAUACAAGGGUUUCAUACUCAAAUUAAUAAGGAAAUGAUUUGUCAAGGUCUAAUAGUUUUUAAAAUAAUAAGAUUCAAUAUAGUCUGAUCGAAAGUUAAUAGCUAUAUUCAUUAGAUGACUAAUAGAAAUACUAAUACAAAUUUCAAAUCCACAAGCUCAUUCCAAAAGAAUUCUAUUAUCCAAUCCUGCGUAGAGUUUGUUCUAUGAAGUCAUGAACCCUUUCGCUAGCCACAUCGGUGUAAACACCCGGAAAGGAAGGUCGGGCGCAGCCGAAUCCCCAGGAGACAAUGCCACAAACCUGACCGCGGUAGACCAAAGGACCUCCGGAAUCUCCGGAGCAGGAAUCGCGAAGACCGCGCACGGCGGCGCAUAGCAUGGAAUCGCUCAAUUGACCAUAUCCGGAAUAUGAGAGCUUACAUUCUGCUCCUGGAAGCACUCGCACCAUGGUGGUGCGGACCUGUUCGGCAGGUUCACGGUUAUUCUCGCGGGUCACUCCCCAACCACUGAUCCUGGCAUACGCAUUACCCUCCGGCGGAUUCCGACAAGGACUAAUGGUGGCGACUUUACCGGGGAUUAAGAAAACGACAUCCUGCAACUGCAACAAUGCUACGUCCAUGUCGAAGUUGGUGGCAGAGUAGCUAGGCGAAGUAUGGAACAUAACUACAUUGCGAACCACUGGAGCUUCUUGGUCCAAACGACUCGCGCCGGCGUGAACCGUGAAUCCCUCCGGCUGCGAUCCAUAAACACAAUGUGCUGCACUUAGGACUGCUCUGCUGGAGAUUAGGGAUCCUCCGCAGAUAAAGUAACCAUUUUGCCGCAGGUAAACCAGGUACGGAACCUCCGAAAUAGUUGUCUCCUUGCCGCCUACUAUGCGCGUUUUGCUAGAGGAGCUGGGAAGUACAAGUGCCAAA